AUGGCAAGCAAAGAGAAUGCAGACACAUUUUACCCGUUUUACUCCAAUGCCAUAGGCAACAUCACCCCCUCAGACAUUCCCCUCCCCGAAAACCCUACCCUCUCCACUGUUCCCCUUUUCUACGCAAUUGUGCAGUUUCUCACAUCAGCUGGAAAUCUGACCAGCAAUUGUGACUUGGCGACAUCGUGGUACAAAAGCUGUCGGUUAUGGUCGAACGAGGAUGCCAGCUUUGGGUACGGCAAUCAGACCUUGAACAUCGAGUUUCUGCGACUAGCAGCACCAAAUCUUCUGCUGGAUUCGACUCCGUCUCAGGAGGAAACUUGGUAUAACUUGAUGGCAAACACGACUGGUCAUGAUGUAGGCGAUGCUGUCCUCAACAUCACCAGGCCGCCGAUCGAGCUUUAUUGCGGCUCACAAGAGCUUCUUGCCGAGGUCCAACUUCCUCCUGUUGAGACGGACUGUGAGAAAAGUCUUCAGAACUGGUACUUUCCUGGAUACGAGAGUGUGGAUGAAGUGGCAGCAAUUAUGACUGCUUCCAGUAGUCUCCCGACUCAAUAUCACAACAUUUCAAUUCAAACCUUUUGGGGCUGGUACAACUCGCAGAAAAGACCUUCAGUUGAAGAGAUACACGAACAAAAGAUGGAAUGCUUCCAGUCAGUCUGUGCAUCGUUGAACUCUUCUGGGAAUCCGGAUGUUGCCGGUAUAGGGAUGUUUAUCUCCUACAUUAUCGAAGCCAUGCUAUCAACCCUAUUCAUUCUUGAGACAUGCUGGCACAACUAUCAGAACCGGAAGCCGCCCUUGGAGACUGGUCUCCUAGCCGAAGACUUGGCUCGUGGAACUUUCUACGUAUCAAGAAAGGCGUUUCUUGAUAACGGAGUAGUGUUCGUGCUAUCUCUAAUUGUUGCUCUUUUGGCUGUUGGGUCACAUGAGACAAUUGUGUAUAAUGGUCUGAUCACCCAGUUGGCUUGUUAUUUCGCAGCCAGCGCCGUCAUUGCCGUUGCAGCAGUACCACGUCGCGGCGAAUCGGACAGCGGAACGCUCUGGGUCGUCUUGAUGGUAUGCAUAUUACUAUUGACAAUUGCGAGCAGCAUAUCUGGCCAAUAUGACACUUCGGCUUUGAAAGGACCACAUAUUACCCAGGAUAUCGAGGCGCCAAUGACAGCCGGCUUUUCGGAUAUUUUGCUGUCAAGUGUCCCGUUUCUCCAUUACUCAGUAGGGAUGUCAAGCUUUCUUAGCUCCUUAGAGUUUAAUAUUCGAUCUCAACCAUUCACGGUGUCUUCUUGCCUCCUGUGGAGCGUUUUCACGUCUCCAAUUACCAAGUUCCAGGAGAAAUUUACAUUCGCUACAUUCUACCUUGUCCUCAUUGGGUAUCUUAUAGCACCUCUCUGCUUCUUU